AUGCAGAAGUCUAUUGGAGUAGUUUGCAUAUCACUCAUUUUUUGCGCAGCUCUGUCAGAAACAAUUGGAUUAGUGAUUGCGGCUAAAGAGAAGCGAGGGUGGACACUGAACAGUGCUGGCUACCUUUUGGGUCCUCGUCGUAUUGAUCACCUAAUACAGAUAAAGGAUAAUCCCAGCGUAAGGGGGAGAGAAGAACUGCUAAGUCAAUAUGGCAUCGACGGUCACCGGACGCUCAGUGACAAGCAUGGCCUUGCUGGUAAGAGAGACAUGCCCCGGGACUAUGACUUCAAAUCAGGUUCCUUGAGAAUAACAGAUGAGGAUGUAUUACACAAUGUCAUUGACUUCUUAACAUACAUGCAACUUAAAGAAAUCGGAGCUCUGGAUACCCUGCCUUCCUUGCUCACAUCAGAAGAGAUGAGUCAGCCCUAG